GGGCGCGUCGAGGAGGCGGCUGGGCUCGCGGAGGAGGCGCGCCGGCUGCAGCCCAGGAGCGGGGAGGUGCUGAAUCUCGUCGCCGGCGUGCACGCCUCGCGGGCCGAUGCCGCGGGCAUGCGGCCAGGGGGCGCCAGGGAGGCGCGCAAGGCCGCGCUGAAGGCGGCGAGCGCGGUCAUCGAUGCCAUAAAGCUCAGACCGGACGACCCGGCGCUCCGCUUCAACCUCGUCAAGCUGCUGCGAGGCCACCUCGGGGGGCGCUUCGAGCGGCACGCGGAGGCGCUGAAGCACGCGCGGGUGGCCGUGCGGCUGCGGUCGGAUGACGUGAGUUAUGGCCUCUUGCUGCUUGAGCAGCUGGGCGACAGCGCCAAGCAGAUGAGCUGGACCAGCAGCCUGGACCUCGACGCCAUUCAGAGCGACCUGGAGGGGUUCGUGGCGCUGUUGAAGCGGAGGGCCAACCUGGGCACUCCAGCUGGUCGCGUCAGCCGCCACGACUUCUACCACCACUGGUUCCGGGCGGUGCAGUUCGCCUCGACGACGCUGCAGGACGCCGCACUCGCCGCGGACAUCUGCCUGACGGCGGCGCGGGCGAUGGCACCGUCGGAGAACGGCGAGGCGCUCUUUCACUGGGCGACGCUGGUGCCUGCGGUGUUCUCCAGUCAGCAGCACGUCGACGAGACCCUCUCGGAGCUGCACCGGAGGCUCUCGUGGCUCGAGUCCGAGGCUGUCGCCGGCCGUGCCCAGGUAAACGAGGCCGACGAGGCGGGCGGGCCAGAGCUGCUGAGUUCGCCGCCAUCCUGCUUCCUUGGCUACCUGGGGGGCAACCAGCUGAACAUCAGCCGGCGAGCCGCGAGCGCUCUGAAGGCCUUGGCCCCCUCGCGGCUCCUGCAGCGCGCGCCACACGCGGCGUCGUUGCGAGGGGGCCCUCCUCGAGGCGUGGACUUGGACGGCUGCGCCGGCUCCGCGGCGCCCCGCGGCGGCAGGCCGCGCGUCGGCUUCCUCUGGGGGUUCGGCCAGCAGCAUGCGGUGAGCCGGGCGGUGGACUGGAUGGUGACACGGCUCGACCCGGAGCGGCGGGACUUCGAAGUGCACCUGCUGCUGCUGGACCAAGCGGGCGGCGCUGGCGGCUCGGGCCCGGCCGAGGCGGUCCUGAAGGCCGCGGAGCACGCCGUGAGGGUGCCCAGGCGGCUGCCGGAAGCGCGGGCGAUCCUGGCCGGGCUCCGGCUGGACGUGCUGGUGCUGCCCGAGCUCGGCCUGGACCCGGUGCGCUACGUGCUGGCCUUCGGGAGGUGGGCGCCAGUGCAGGUGGUGGCGGUGCUCGGGCAUCCGCUGUCCAGCGCGGCAGAGGGUGUGGAUUACGCCGUCAGCAGCGCGGCCUUCGAGGUGCCUGGCGCGCCCGCGCAGGAGCUCUACGCGGAGGAGCUGGUGCGCCUGCCAGGGCUGCCUCCGCUGGAGAGGUCGCCCGAGGUGCUGUCGCACCGGGUGUCCGUCCCGCGCGACGAGCUGCUGCGCACGGUCGGCCUGGACUGGUUGGCUCGCGCGGAGGGGGGGCAGGGCGACGGUGCCGAGGCAGACUUCCGCCUGUACCUGCUGCCGAAGUCCAGGAAGAAGCUGCACCCGGGCUUCGACGCCGCGCUGCGCGGGAUCCUGGAGGCCGACGUGGGCGCGGUGCUGGUGGUGCUGGCCCAGAGCGACGGCGAGCCCGCCGCCUCCGUCGAGGGCGAGCUGCUGGCCCGCCUGCGGGCCGCGGGCGUUCCCUGCGGGGCCGACGACGGUGAGCGGCGGCGGUGCGCUGUGAAGGCCGGGUACCUCAACACCACGGCGUUUCUGUCGUGGAUGCAGCACGCGGAUGCCCUGCUGGAGAGCGCGCCGUUCGGGGGCUUCACGGCCACCCUGCAGGGCCUCCAGCUCGGGCGCCCCUGGGUGGUGCUGCGGGACGUCGAGGGGCCGUCCUCGGGGAUCAUGAGCGCGGCGCUCCAGGAGGCCGUGGGACUGUCGGAGUGCUGCGUGGCGGACGGCCUCGCCGAGUACGUCCGCAAGGCUACGGACCUGGCGCGCGACCGCGGCGGCGUGCGCUCCGCAGCCCGCGCGGCCUGCGCGGCGCGGGUCUCCGCCGCGGAGCUCGGCGGGGAGCCGCCGCGCUCGGCGGUCGGGCGGACGGGGAGGGGGGGCGAUUAUUAUGCCAUCCCGAAUAACCGGGACAUCGCAUUCCUGCGCCAGGUCCUCGCGGGGCGCUCCGCCCGCGCCGAGGGCGGCGGCGGAGCGGCGGACCGGGCGCCCGCCGAGGACCUGCGGCUCGAGGCGCUGCUGGCCGUGGAGCUCUGGCUCCCGCUGCUGCGCUUCCUGGACCCCGAGGGCGACGUGCCGAGCGACGCCGCCGCGCACGGCACGCUGGUGCCGCUGCUGCGGCUGGCGCGGGUGCCCGCAAUGGUCGCGGGGCCGAGCGGCGAGGCCAUCGCCGGCGAGGUGGCUGCGGCCCUGCAGCAGCUGGCGGCGCCCCGGCCCGCCCGCGCGGGCGCGGUUGCGCGGGCGCUGGCGACGCUGGAGACGCUGGCCGAGCGCCACGCGGCCCUGGAUACCUCCGCGGGCGGCGGCACGGCCCAGGAGGUCCACGCGCUCUGCGCCGCGCUCGGAGGCUGCGGGGCGCUGCGGGGCCAGCUGGAGGCCCUCGACGACGCGGAGGAGGACUGCCUCGGCGACCUGCCCGCGGGCGGCUCAGGCGCGGCGCGGGCCGGCGGCGCGAGGCUGCCGCCAGCGGUGCGCCGCCGCGCUGAGGCGCUGCUGAGCGCCUGGGGCGCGGAGCGGCGGCGCCUCGUGGCGCGGUGGCAGGCGCGCGCCCCGCAGGCGCCCACGGCGUCGCCACGGCAGUGGGCGCGGUCGGGCCUCUGGAAGCUGGAGGCGCUCUCGAAGGUGGAGUCCAAGGCACACGCGGAGGGCUUCGACCUGACCUGGCUGGGUGUCAGACUCGAGGUGGCAGCCUUGAACUGUCGGCAAGCCCAGCGGCAGCAGAAACACAUCGCCAUGCAGCUCGCGCAGGACGAGCAGAGGAAGAAGGAACUGUUCGAAAAACUGGACGAGUCGAUCGAGGAUGUGCUGGGGGCCAAACAGGAGUUGGACCGAUUGCAGCAGGAGCUCUUGGAUGAGCCCAGCAAGGCCAAGUGCGCUCAGGUAGUGGGGCUAGCUGCCCAGGCGAAGGAGGUGUGCGAGGUGCGCAAGAAUCAGGACAGCACGAGUCUGGGCGAGGUUCUAGCCGCGAGCGCCGACGGGGAGAUGGAGCUGGACGGGGCGCCGAACUGGUGGGCCCCCAGGGCGCUGCAGAAGCAACCCGAAGGACAAUAA